CUUUAACUUUCUGUUUCGAUUUAAUUCAGGGAAACAUGGAGUCCGCCUGAUUUCUGACUGUAGCGUCGACGAACCAAACUACUAAGAACAGUUUGGGAGGUUUCCCCAAAACCCUAAAACAAGAACGCAAAACAAACCGGAGCUGCUCCAUUUUACGCGUUUCUGUUUACGUCUGGUCACCUUCAGUCAGGUACUGUCGCUGUUGUCGUUGCUGACUUCACAGCAGUGUAUCACCAUGUUGGGCGAAACGGAGCCACAGUGGUUGUCAGAAGAGGUGAAAACAGGGACGACCAUUAUUGCCAUAGAGUUUGAUGGUGGGGUCGUGCUGGGGUCUGAUUCCCGAGUAUCUGCCGGACAAACGGUGGUGAACCGGGUGAUGAACAAGCUGUCUCCCCUCCACGACAAGAUCUACUGUGCUCUGUCAGGAUCUGCAGCAGAUGCUCAGACAAUUGCUGAGAUAGUCAACUACCAGCUGGAUGUCCACAGUAUUGAGAUAGGUGAGGACCCGCAGGUUCGUUCAGCUGCCACUCUAGUGAAGAACAUCUCAUAUAAGUACAAGGAGGAGCUGUCAGCCCAUCUUAUCGUGGCUGGCUGGGACAGAAGAGAUGGAGGGCAGGUGUUUGCAACCCUGAGCGGGCUCCUGACAAGGCAACCGUUUGCAAUUGGUGGCUCUGGCAGCUCAUAUGUUUAUGGAUAUGUUGAUGCAGAGUAUCGCAAAGGCAUGAGCAAGGAGGAGUGCCAGCAGUUUGUUGUCAACACUCUCUCUUUGGCCAUGAAUCGCGAUGGCUCCAGUGGCGGCGUGGCUUACCUCGUCACCAUUGAUGAACACAGCACAGACGAGAAAGUCAUUCUGGGAAAUGAUUUACCCACCUUCUUUGAUCAGUGAUGUCUGUUUUCUUUACAAUAGCCAUGGCUCUAUUUUUUUUGUUUGUUUGUUUGUUUUUUCUUGGCACAGCUGUCAGCUACCUUUCUGUCACUAAUUCUGUUUGUGAACCAGGAAUCUUUGGCAGCCAUACCUUUGCUAAUGAUUUCAAUAAAAGAAAAAACAAACAAAA